AUGACCACGAGAAGAAUACCUUGGACUCGUCAGGAAGAUGAAGCUCUUAUUAACUGGCACCGUCGACUGGGUCCCUUGUGGACUAAAAUCUCAUCUAAAAUCGUUUCUAGAACGCCUCGACAGUGUGCAGAUAGGUGGUACAAUUCGCUUCGUCCUGGUAGUAAGUAG